AUGGAGUGGGCAUCAACGCAGUACCAGAGGCAAAAGGACGUCUGGGUUCCGUGGUUGGAAGACAUGUAUCUGAAGUAUUUUACCAGUGACAACAAAGCAAGCUACUCAACCAAACAAAACCUCGACCAGACCAAAGUAACUGGCAACGAGCAGGUGGAUAAGCUGCAGGACGGAGUAAAUGGAUUGGUUGCCGGACAACUGGGCCAAGGUGGACUCGCCCAGCCGAUUGGUGACCUUGUUUCGAAGGAAGGCAUCAACAGAGCCGAACGACAAGGCGUCGACCAGGAGGGUAAAUACCUGCCAAAACCUGAGGAUACUCUGGCUGGGAAAUGA